AUGAAAAGAUUUAGAACACAUUUCAAUGGAUAUUCAGUAGAGUUUAGUCCAUUUGAAGAGAACAAGUUGGCAUGUGCGACUAGUCAACACUUUGGUAUCAUUGGUAAUGGACGUCAAUAUGUAUUGGAUGUGAUGGAUCGCGACAUUGCAAUGUUUAGAGUAUACGAUACACGUGACGGUCUGUACGACUGUACUUGGAGCGAGGAGAAUGAGUGUCACUUGGCUUCGGCGUCGGGUGACGGCUCCAUCAAGAUAUGGGACACACAAGCACCUUCUGGUGAACGUCCAAUCAGAUCAUACGAGGAACAUACAAAGGAGGUGUAUGCUAUCGACUGGAAUCUCGUCAACAAGGAUUGUUUUGUGACUGGGUCGUGGGAUCACUCGAUCAAACUGUGGAACCCACGUGCCGACCGUUCUAUGCGAACCUUUCGCGAGCAUCGAUACUGCAUCUAUAGCACUGUAUGGUCACCACGAUCUCCGCACCUCUUUGCAUCCGUGUCGGGUGACACGACGCUCAAGAUUUGGGAUCAACGUCAUUCUCAGUCUGUCAACACCAUCAAAGCACACGACAAUGAAGUGUUGACAUGUGACUGGAACAAAUAUAACGAGAGCGAGAUUGUAACAGGCUCUGUAGAUAAAACUAUUCGUAUUUGGGAUAUUAGAUUCCCCGAUCGUCCCACUGCCAUUUUACGUGGUCAUACCUAUGCCGUCCGUCGUCUAAAAUGUUCUCCUCAUUCUCCUUCCAUGUUGGCUUCUUCUUCAUAUGAUAUGAGUGUAAUUAUUUGGGAUAGAGCAAGAGAUGAUCCAAUGGUUGCAAAGAUGGAUCAUCAUACAGAGUUUGUAGUUGGAUUGGAUUGGAAUAUGUUUAUUGAUGGACAGAUGGCAUCGUGUUCAUGGGACGAGCAUGUAUGUGUUUGGAAUCUUGGUCGAAUGCCUCCACCAUCUCAUAAUUUCGGUGGAGGCGGCGGCGGUGGAAUGCAACAACCUCCACCUCCUCAACCACACAGAUAA